AUGUGCGACCUGGUGGCCCGCACGGGCCGGCACCAGCAGCGGUAUGAGGAUGGCCGUCGGCUAGUGGCCGGAUGCAUACCAUUUAGGUAUAGAGCUAAUAAUGAUGAAACCUCUGGUGACAAAACUAAGAAACUUGUGGAAGUUCUCAUGAUAAAUUCCCAAAGCGGACCUGGUCUUUUGUUUCCAAAGGGAGGAUGGGAGAACGAUGAAACUGUUGAAGAGGCAGCAGCUCGAGAAGCUAUAGAAGAAGCUGGAGUUCGAGGUGAUAUAGUGCAUUUUCUGGGGCUCUAUGACUUCAAAAGCAAGACACAUCAAGAUGCGUGCUGCCCUGAGGGUAUGUGCAGAGCUGCAGUGUUUGCGCUGCAUGUAAAGGAAGAGCUGGUCUCAUGGCCUGAGCAGAGCACCCGGCAGAGGACCUGGCUCACGGUUCCUGAUGCUGCAUCAAGGUGCCGGUACCAGUGGAUGCAAGAGGCCUUGCUCACAGGCUUCUCCGACUGGCACGACAAGUGGAGCAGAGGCGGUGGCAGCACUAACUGUGAUCCGGCCUAA